AUGACACACAUUAGUGCCUCUCAACCAUCUCCAGCAAAUUCCAUCGCUGGGCCAUCUCCAGCUCAGCCAGCCUCCCAAAUCCCAGAUUUCGAGGCUGUCCUGCGACGAGUCGAAACUUAUCUCGACCGUGCUUCUGCCGGCCGGCCGGUGAGCUUUGAGCUUAUCUCCAAGAACAUCCAGACACGCCAUCCACAUACCCGUACCAAAACAACUUCACUCGCGAGCUUUUGCAAAACAGCCCAAGUCUUCCCCAAAUCCAAGUCACUCCGAGAGGUAGCACUUGAGCUUUUCGAUAUCGCCGAGAAACUAGAACCCAAUGAGGACGAGUCGCAUUCGGAACACGGCGUAGAGCGAGCCAGGGUAACUCAAGGGUGGAUGCGAAUUGAGGCUGAGGAGAGGGCGGAGCAACUCGAAGAUGAGCUGGAAGAGAUGAGGGACGAGAUGAGCACCAGGAGGAGGGGACCCCGCUCCUCAGAUGUCCAGGGUGACGGACCGCAGGCGAUAGUAGUAGAGCUGAAAGAUGGCGCGAACGGUGCAGCAGGUCAUUCGGGUGAAGCCAGCGAUGAAAGACCAGCCCCUGUAGCUCCUGUCGCUCAGCCAGCUAUACCAGCACAGUCGUGGCAACCUCCCGCGCACGACCCUGCUGUCAUCCUGUAUGAUCAGGACGUAGAUUCUCCCCUCGUGCCAUCCACAUACCCUUACCAAGACGACCGCGCCCGCGAACUACUACAAAACGCCCAGGCCUUCCCCGAAGCUACCUCUCUUCGAAAGACAGCAUUAGAAAUAUUCGAUAUCGCCAGCAAACUUCAUCCUCACGGGCUCGCGUCCGACGAGGCUGUAAACCCUCCCGACGAUCAACCUUUGGAGAAUGCUGAAGCGGAGAGGUUUUGGCAGAUGUACCUUGUCAGCGAGCAGGCGAGGCAUUAUGAAACCCAAAUGCGGACUGAGGCCGAUUUGAGGGCGGAGAAAGCUGAAAAUCAAGUGGAUGAGUUGAAAGAUGAGGCAAAGGAGAUAGAUGAAUGGAAGGAGAGAGCCGAGAUCGCUGAAGUCAAGCUCGAAGAGGACACCUGGGCCAGUAUGAAGAGAAGAAGACUGGAAGCGUAUGACGAAAUAGGAUGGUGA